AUGACUGUCUACACCGGUAGCCAUUCGAUGCUUUUCCAGCCUCUGAAAAUAGCAGAUGGAAAGAUCACGCUCAAGCACCGCGUGGUUUUGGCUCCUUUGACGAGAAACCGUGGCAAGCCCUUGAAUCCCCAUGGCACCACUCAGAAUCCCAAUAGGCUGUGGUAUCCAGAUGAUCUCAUGGUGGAAUACUACCGUCAACGCACAACGGACGGCGGAUUACUGAUCUCCGAGGGAAUUCCACCAUCGCUGGAGAGCAAUGGCAUGCCUGGUGUCCCCGGGAUCUUCAUUGAGGAGCAAGCCUUUGGGUGGAAGAAGGUGGUGGAUGCCGUGCACGAGAAAGGCGGCUUUAUAUACUGCCAGCUGUGGAAUGCCGGGCGGGCUACUAUUCCCCAAAUGACUGGCUCACCGGCAAUCUGUCCCUCUGCAUCAGUCUGGGAUGAUCCUACAGAGUAUUACGCUUACCCGCCUGUUGGAUCGAGCGGGAGGGUCCGGUAUGCAGACUACCCUCCAAUUACACUCUCCGUUUCCCACAUCAACAAAACCAUUCAAGACUAUUGCAAUGCUGCCCAGCGGGCGAUGGAAAUUGGCUUCGACGGCGUCGAGCUUCACGCGGGAAACGGUUAUCUUCCCGAACAGUUCCUGAGCUCGAACAUCAACAAGAGGACGGAUGACUACGGUGGCACGCCCGAGAAGCGCUGCAAGUUCGUGCUGGAGCUGAUGGACGAACUUGCCAAGGUGGUGGGAGAGGAGAACCUGUCGAUUCGUCUGUCGCCCUUUGGGCUCUUCAAUCAAAACCGCUCGGAGCAGAGGAUGGAGACGUGGCAUUUCCUAUGUCAGCGUUUGAAGGGGGCGCACCCGAAGCUGUCCUACGUCAGUUUUAUAGAGCCGUGUUAUCUUCGUUUUCCCCUUUACGAUACAAACCUCUCAUCACAAGAUCUGACGCGGUUUCUACCCCUUCACCAGCGCUUCGAGCAGACUUUCACCAUCCCCGAAAAAGACGCCUUCCUUAAAUCCUGGGGUCUCGCCGCAGUCGACUUAUCUACUUUCCGUGCUCUGUUCGGCUCUACACCCUUCUUCUCCGCCGGCGGUUGGAACGACACAAAUUCGUGGGGUGUCAUCGAGUCCGGCAAGUACGACGCCUUUCUCUAUGGUCGCUACUUUAUCAGCAAUCCAGAUCUAGUGGAGAGGUUGAGAACGGGGCGAGAACUCACGGCGUACGACCGAUCGAGUUUCUACGGUCCUUUCGAGGAUAAUAGCAGAGGCUAUACAGAUUAUUUGACCCUAGAGGAGGAGGACGCCAUUAGGGGAACCUAA